UCGCCCUCGCCGCCCAGCCCGGCCCCGGCGCUGCCCGCUCGGUGCUGCCGCCAUCUUCCCGGAGGAGAGCCCGGGCCCCCGCCGCGGCCGCCCGCGCCCCGGCCGCCCCCCGCGCGCCCCCGCCGCGUCCCCGCGCGCGUCGGCGGCCAGCGGCCUCGCCUCCGGGGACGUCCUUGCCGCCCGCCGCGGCGGCCCCCGGCGCGGGCUCGCGUACCUGCUCCACUCUUCUCCGCGUCAGGAGCCGAGCUCAUAAGUGUGUGGAUGCCAGCUGUGCCUUUCACCGCCAGCUCCUGCUAACCCCGGGCCGUGUGUUUGACAGAUUGACGACACCUCACUGAAGAUGUCCAAGCAACAACCAGCUCAGUUUGUAAAUCCAGAGACUCCUGGCUAUGUUGGAUUUGCAAACCUUCCCAAUCAGGUUCACCGGAAGUCUGUGAAGAAAGGCUUCGAGUUCACACUGAUGGUGGUUGGUGAAUCUGGCCUGGGAAAAUCCACUCUGAUUAACAGCCUGUUCCUGACCGAUCUCUACCCGGAAAGGAUCAUCCCAGGAGCCGCAGAGAAGAUCGAGAGAACCGUCCAGAUUGAGGCUUCGACUGUGGAGAUUGAAGAGCGCGGGGUGAAGCUGCGCCUGACUGUGGUGGACACGCCUGGCUACGGGGACGCCAUCAACUGCAGAGACUGUUUCAAGACCAUCAUCUCCUACAUUGACGAGCAGUUCGAACGGUACCUGCACGACGAGAGCGGCCUGAACCGCCGGCACAUCAUCGACAACAGGGUGCACUGCUGCUUCUACUUCAUCUCGCCCUUCGGACACGGAUUGAAGCCCCUGGACGUGGCCUUCAUGAAGGCGAUUCACAACAAGGUGAACAUCGUGCCCGUCAUCGCCAAGGCUGACACCCUCACGCUGAAGGAGCGGGAGCGCCUGAAGAAGAGGAUUCUGGAUGAGAUUGAAGAGCACAACAUCAAAAUCUAUCACUUACCUGAUGCAGAAUCCGAUGAAGACGAAGAUUUUAAAGAGCAGACGAGACUUCUCAAGGCCAGCAUCCCAUUCUCUGUUGUCGGGUCCAAUCAGCUGAUUGAAGCCAAAGGCAAGAAGGUCCGAGGCCGCCUCUACCCGUGGGGCGUCGUGGAGGUGGAGAACCCUGAGCACAACGACUUUCUGAAGCUGAGGACGAUGCUCAUCACCCACAUGCAGGAUCUCCAAGAGGUGACCCAGGACCUUCACUAUGAAAACUUCCGCUCCGAGAGACUGAAGAGAGGCGGCAGGAAAGUCGAAAACGAGGACAUGAAUAAAGACCAGAUCUUGCUGGAAAAGGAAGCUGAGCUCCGCCGCAUGCAGGAGAUGAUCGCGCGGAUGCAGGCGCAGAUGCAGCUGCAGAUGCAGGGGGGCGACGGCGACAGCGGGCCUCACAGCGGCCACCACGUGUAAGGAUACACUCUUCAGAGAGGAGACGUUCUGGCUGGGUCCGACAGCUGCGCGUUUCAUGAGCCCCCGGAGGGGCCCCCAUCCACAUUUCAGUCCCCGUGCCUGAGGGGCGUCUGUCACGGUCAUGUGCUGAUUCCCACGCAGCACUCACAGCAUUUGUAUUUUGUUGUCAUGUCGUACUUUUUAUUUUGUGAGGUAAAUUUUUCAUUCUUCUACCUAAACUAGUCACUGAUUCUAGAAUUGAUUCUCAGUAUUAGUAUAUACAUAUAUAUAUAGAUAUAGUUAAUGUUGGAUUUCUUUGAUUUGACUGGCCACACUAGUGAUUGAGGAGCACUCUUGAUUUAUUUCUAGAACAUUCAGAUUUCCCUGAUGGUAGAGACAUGGACACAGCAGUAAAGAAAGACGAGCACAGGGUCCCCUCCCCAGGCCGAGCUCUGUGGGGGUCUCUAGCUUUGGUCAAGCACAGCACUAGACGCCCUAAUCCCACCCCAGGAAUCCACCUGCCCAGUUGUUUACCAGAUGAAACAAAAUUAUGGUACAUGUGUCUACACUUAGAUAGCUUUUUUGAAAGACACCAAGGGUGAAUUUCAGGAUUUUUCCAGAUUCUGAUACUACAUUAUUUUUAAAUCCCCUGGGCAGCAUCUUACCACAAACCACUCUUGUAGAGUUCCUCUGCUCCUGCUUAUACUCUUCUCAGGAGAGAAUCCAAAGGCUCCGGUUUUCAUAUAUAACCGAGCUCAUCACUCUUUUACUCUGAUUAAAAAAGUCUUUUUAACGAAGACUCGCCGUUGAGAUGUUGGUACACCAGCCUUUACCUAUUUUCAUACUGGACAGCACUUUAACAGCGUCUCUGUGAUCCGGGGUGGGGACAUCCCCCCUGCUGUGACACCAGCAUCCGGUGCUGGCCCUCCUCCCAGACCAGCCGUGGGCCCUGUGGCCUCGGUGCUCCCGGGAGCUCUGGAGUCCUGGUGACUCUGAGGGAGGCGGAGAGCAGCGGGCACGCGUGGCCGCGUCCGUCUCGUCCAUCUCCGUGCAUACGGUGCUCCGAGGCAGGUGUCCCCGUGGGGCCACCCCUGGUCUCUUCCCCCCUGGGCCCUCCCAUCAAGCAUUCCUGUGGCGCACACCAGGGCAUUUCUGUCCACUCACAGAGCAAGGGGGGUUUUCUGGGCCUGGGCAGGAGGAAAGGGAGACCGUGGGAGUCUGCAUGGCCGCCCUCGGCGCUGGCCGUUUCGGAGUGUCGGUCUGGGCGCAUUGCAGAGUCCCACGCACGAGAGCGUGGCGCUGUGCUGGGGCCCUGGCCUGGGUCCUGGCCGUGCCCUGCGCUUCAGAUCCCUUCUGCCUGCUGACAGGUAACUGCUCUUUCUUUCUAAGUGGUCGUCUUUACCGAUAGGGGUGUGUUCUGAGAGUGAGUGGACAGGAAUUAAGCCAAGCGCUGGUUUGAUCCCCAAAUACCUCCAGGUGUGGCCCAGAACCUCUCCCCCUAGGGAAAAAAAUGUAUUCUUGAGACUUAAUUUUACACAGCAGUUUGUAUUCACGAAAACUAACCUUUUAUCAAUAAAGUCCUAUUGUUUAGAUAA